AUGGCUAUGACUCCUUCAAGUGACGAUACCAACGCCAGUGUGAUGUUCGACUCAUCAACUUCCAAGUACUUGGUGCUAUAUGACGGAUUAACUAUUGAAACAACGGUGACAAACAAGGCUAGGGUUGUAGACCAAUGGGUUCAGCAAGUUUCAUCAACACAUGUUGCCGGAAGCCAAAUGGUUGUUGGGUUGGACACGGAAUGGAUGUUUCUCGACGAAAAGAAGAAGAUGAAAAUUGCGAUCCUUCAACUCAGCGUUGAGGACAAGUGCCUAAUCUUCCAGCUACAUCACAUGGAUGUGAUCCCCGAAGCCCUUAAGAGUUUCAUGACACACCCGGAGAUCAAGUUUGUCGGGGUCGGGGUGAAGCAAGACAUUAAAAUGCUCGAGCGCGAUUAUCGGCUAGAGUGCAACAAGGGCAUAAAUGUAGACACCCUAGCAAGGAUACAAUGGCCCGAUAGGUUUGGUCCUACACCAGGGCUAAAAAUUUUAGCCAAGGAGUUUGAGUCUUGA